UGAGCAGCCGAGCCUGCUGACUGCAGAUUCACACCUGCCGGGCUCCCUCCGGCUGCGCCAUGUCUGGCUCCUACGAUGAGGCCUCGGAGGAGGUCACGGAUAGCUUCUGGGAGGUGGGGAACUACAAGCGGACGGUGAAGCGCAUUGACGACGGCCACCGCCUCUGCAACGACCUCAUGAGCUGCGUGCAGGAGCGCGCCAAGAUCGAGAAAGCCUACGCGCAGCAGCUCACCGACUGGGCCAAGCGCUGGCGCCAGCUCAUCGAGAAAGGUCCGCAAUAUGGCAGCCUCGAGCGGGCCUGGGGCGCCAUGAUGACGGAGGCAGAGAAGGUGAGCGAGCUGCACCAGGAGGUGAAGAACAGCCUGCUGAACGAGGACCUGGAGAAAGUCAAGAACUGGCAGAAGGAUGCCUACCACAAGCAGAUCAUGGGCGGCUUCAAGGAGACCAAGGAGGCAGAGGACGGCUUCCGAAAGGCCCAGAAGCCCUGGGCCAAGAAGAUGAAGGAGCUGGAGGCGGCCAAGAAAGCCUAUCAUCUGGCUUGCAAAGAGGAGAAGCUGGCCAUGACUCGGGAGAUGAAUAGUAAGACGGAGCAGUCGGUCACCCCCGAGCAGCAGAAGAAACUUCUGGACAAGGUGGACAAGUGUAGGCAGGACGUGCAGAAGACUCAGGAGAAGUAUGAGAAGGUGCUGGAAGAUGUGGGCAAAACCACGCCGCAGUACAUGGAGGGCAUGGAGCAGGUGUUCGAGCAGUGCCAGCAGUUCGAGGAGAAGCGGCUGGUCUUCCUUAAGGAAGUCUUGCUGGAUAUCAAACGGCACCUCAACCUAGCGGAGAACAGCAGCUAUACCCAUGUCUACCGAGAGCUGGAGCAGGCCGUCCGGGGAGCCGAUGCCCAGGAGGACCUCAGAUGGUUCCGCAGUACCAGUGGCCCCGGGAUGCCCAUGAACUGGCCUCAGUUCGAGGAGUGGAACCCAGACCUCCCCCACACCACUGCCAAGAAGGAGAAACAGCCUAAGAAGGCAGAGGGGGCCACACUCAGCAAUGCCACUGGGGCUGUGGAGUCCACAUCCCAGGCUGGGGACCGUGGCAGUGUUAGCAGCUAUGACCGAGGCCAACCGUACGCCACCGAGUGGUCAGAUGAUGAGAGUGGGACUCCCUUCGGGGGGAACGAGGCCAACGGCGGCGCCAACCCCUUCGAGGAUGAUGCCAAGGGAGUACGUGUGCGGGCACUUUACGACUACGACGGCCAGGAGCAAGAUGAGCUCAGCUUCAAGGCCGGAGACGAGCUCACCAAACUAGGAGAAGAGGAUGAGCAGGGCUGGUGCCGCGGGCGGCUGGACAGCGGGCAGCUGGGCCUCUACCCUGCCAACUACGUUGAGGCCAUAUAGCUACCCUGCCCACCCGAGUCCCCUCACUCCUUGUCCAUCGCCUCCCGCCCUCCCCUCCCCUCGCCAUAGAGUUCCAGACAUAUUUUCCGAUCAAGCUUUUAUUUUUUUAAAAGUCAAAACAGAACAAAAGAAGAAAUACAAAGAGACAGAGUUUGCAGCCUACCUGGAGGCCAGGGUGGUGGGGCUUAGGACGAUGGCCCCAGGGUGGGCAAGGGUCUUGGGACUUUAGCCCAAUGUCACAUCUGCUCCACAGAGUCCACCAAAGAGUCUCCUGAGCCCUGAGGGAUAUCUUCUGGAUCCUUCUGCCCUGCCUCACUUUCCCGCCCACCCCAGGCUGCCAGCAGCUACCCUUGUCACCCGAGCCUAGCUUCCUCACCUCUUCUUCCUCCCUGUCCCCUUCUGCCACCAUCCUCCUCUUAAAAGCCUCCUCCACACCCCAGGAAGGAGGCCUCCCGAUCUUUAGUCUUCCACUCUGCCCUGGGGGUGCUCUUCUCCCAGCCCCGAUCUUUUGGUCACCCUUCUCUGUGGAGGUUCCAGGGCCCUCUGGGCUUCCCCAGACGUGAAGGCAGGUGAGCCGGAGGAAGUGAUGGUGUCCCUGGC